AUGGAGCCGAAAAGAGCCUUCUCUGCCUCUCCCCCUGACAAGGGUGCAGCCCCCUCCCAGAUGCCAUAUCCCUCAGCUAUGGGACAUGGCCGGGAUGAGAUGGCUGGAUCCAAACUGUUCCCCAAAGACCCUAUCCUAAUAGAGAUGAACACCCUGAAGGAGGGCUUGGGCCAGGCCAGCCAGGGUGACUUGGGGGCAUCUCCCAGCACGCUCGCCAGGAGGAAUCGGGGGGCGGCCCCGUCCCCUCUCACUCCCCAGAUCCUCCGCCCCCCCACGUGGUCGGCUCAUUUUAUGUCGAAGCGGAUUUGUCUCAUAACCUGCGAGGACGAGGCGGGUCUCUUCGGAGCAUGCGCACGAGUCACUCGGAGCCCGAACUACGCUUCCCGAAAGGCCUUGCUGCCGCAGGGGGCGGGACUUCGCAUCCCACCUGUCAACCUGCGUGGUAUCCUGCCGCUCUGGGAUCCUCGAAGAGGGUCCGCCCAGAGGAGGCGGCCCUCAAAGACGCCGCCCGUGGGGUGGACGCAUCGUUGUCGCCUCUCCGCAGCUGGUGGGAACUUUGAGGAGGGAGAAAUGACCUCUGUGCUCCUGACAGCCAGAGCCCACCAGGAAUUGUUAACGUUCAGAGAUGUGGCUGUGGACUUCACCCAGGAGGAGUGGAGGCACCUGCACCCAUAUCAGAAGGAUUUGUACAGGGAAGUAAUGCUGGAGAACUAUAGGAACCUGGUCUGCCUAGGACUUAUGAUUUCUAAACCAGAUAUGAUAUAUCAGUUGGAACAAGGAGAAAAACCUUGGAUGCCAGAGGGAGAUGUCUUAAGAAGCACAUGUCUAGGUUGGGAGAGUAGGCCUGAAAUCAAAGAGUUAGUCCCACAGCUGGACAUUUCUUUGGAUGGAUUAUGCCAGGAAAGCCUCGUGAGGGAUGGUACCUGUGCCUCCAAGUUGCGACAAGCCUGGGAAUGUGCCCAGUUAGAUGGGAAACAGAGUAAUGAGGAAAAAUCUCAUGAAUGUAAUGAAUGUGGCAAGGCCUUCAGCCAGGGAAUACAUCUUACUCAGCACAGGAAAAUUCAUACUGGAGAGAAACCUUAUGAAUGUAAUGACUGUGGGAAGGCCUUCUGCUGGAAGAUAGACCUCACUAGACAUCAGACUAUCCAUAGUGGUGAAAGACCUUAUGAAUGUAAUGAGUGUGGGAAGACCUUCCGCCUGACUACAGCUCUUAAUCUGCAUCGAAGAAUUCAUACUGGAGAGAAACCUUAUGAAUGUAGUAAAUGUGGGAAGUUCUUUAGCCGGAGGACAAAUUUUACACGGCAUCAGAGCAUUCAUACUACAGAGAAACCUUAUCAAUGUAAUGAAUGUGGUAAGGCCUUCUGCCAGACCAAAGAACUUACUCGACAUCAAAAGAUUCAUACUGGAGAGAAACCUUAUGAGUGUAAUGAAUGUGGGAAGGCUUUCUUUCAGAAAAGAGACCUUACUCGACAUCAGAGUAUUCAUACUGGAGAUAAACCUUAUACAUGUAAUCAAUGUGGCAAGGCAUUCCGCCAUAGUACAGUUCUAAUUGGGCAUCAGAGAGUUCAUUCUGGAGAGAAGCCCUAUAAAUGUAAGGAAUGUGGGAAGUCUUUUACUUGGAGAACAUAUCUUACUCGACAUCUGAGAGUUCAUACUGGAGAGAAACCUUUUCAGUGUAACGAAUGUGGGAAGGCCUUCUUUCAGAAAAAAGGACUUACUCGACAUCAAAGGAUUCAUACUGGAGAGAAACCUUAUGCAUGUAAUGAAUGUGGGAAAGCUUUCUGCCGGAGCACAGACCUUACUCAGCAUCAACGAGUUCAUACUGGAGAGAAACCUUACCUAUGUAAUGAAUGUGGGAAGGCCUUUAACAGGAACACACACCUUACUCAACAUCAGCGAAUUCACACUGGAGACAAACCUUAUCAGUGUACACAAUGUAGAAAAGCUUUCUUUCAGAUAAAGGAGCUUGUUCGACACCAGAGAAUUCACACUGGCGAGAAACCUUAUGAAUGUACAGAAUGUGGGAAAGCCUUCUUUGAGAAAAAAGAACUUACCCGACACCAACGGAUUCAUACUGGAGAAAAACCUUAUGUAUGUGUAGAAUGUGGCAAGUCCUUCCUCCGAAAGACACAUCUUAUUAUACACCAGAGAGUUCACACUGGAGAGAAACCUUAUCAGUGUAGUGAAUGUGGGAAGGCUUUUUGUCAGAGCUCAGCUCUUAAUCUACACCGGAGAGUUCAUACUGGCGAGAAACCUUAUGAAUGUAAUGAAUGUGGGAAGGCUUUCUGCUUGAACACAGCUCUUACUGCGCAUCAAAGAGUUCACACAGGAGAAAAACCUUAUGAAUGUUGUGAAUGUGGGAAAUCCUUCAUUCGGAGGACACAUCUUACUAGACAUCAGAGAGUUCACAAUGGAGAGAAGCCUUAUGAAUGUAAUAAAUGUGAAAAGUCAUUUAGCCGGAGGUCACAUCUUACUAAACACCAGAAAGUUCACACUUGAGAGUUUUAUAAAUAAUGAAU